AUGUCGCUACCAUUUACAGGACGUAUUUCACGUUCUGGAGGAUUGGUCGCAGCUAUUUCCAAUCAAGUUAAAAAGAUGACUUUGAAGCCGACGAAAAAAAUCACUGUGCAAUUUGAUCCGUUCCACGAGAAAGCCCGGCCGAUCAGGGAAUUCCUGUUCAACAUCUCGGCUGCUAAAGUCACCAAGACCAAUUUGUCGUGCAUCCUAAAGACCAACAUCGUCUCUAACGGCGAAAAGGUCCUGUUCAAGUGUGAAAAUUUAGAUACUUUGGAUAUAUUAACACUGUACAACAAACACAUAACAUCGCUAGCACCUCCUGAGGUCGAUACCGAGACUAAGAAAAGUUAUAAAAGGGCGAAAUCUAGUAAACGCAAGAAGAUAAGAACAAGCCGUCACAGAAGAUAA